AAGCCCCGCCCUCCGCCCGCCGGAAGCGCUCUCCUGACCCUGCGCGCCGCGGAAGAUGGCGCUGGAGGCUGGCGACAUGGAAGACGGGCAGCUUUCCGACUCGGAUUCCGACAUGACGGUGGUACCCAGCGACAGGCCGCUGCAAAUGGCGAAAGUGCUGGGCGCCAGCAGUGUUGCGUGUGCACCAGCGUCACUUUAUCGGACUGUUAAGCACGUGGAUUCAAGUGAGGAGAGCGUGGAUUCCGAUGACGAUUGCUCUCCUUGGAAACGGAAGCGACAGAAAGGUCUUACUCCUCCCAAAGCAGAGCCUUUUCCGUUUGGCCAGAGCGGUCAGAAACCAGCUGUCAAUGGCGGAAAGAAGAUCAACAACAUUUGGGGUGCUGUGCUGCAGGAGCAGAGUCAAGACGCAGUGGCUACGGAGCUUGGCAUCUUGGGAAUGGAUGGCACGAUCGACAAAAGCAGGCAGUCCGAAACCUAUAAUUACCUGCUUGCUAAGAAACUCAGGAGGGAAGCUCAGGAGUCUACAAAAGAGUUAGACAAAGACAUAGAAGAAUACAUGCAUGCUGACAAAAAACCGGGGCCAAAGGAAGAGGAGAACUGGCACGGUCAUCUCAAACGGAAGCGGCCUGUCAAAGACAGACUGGGUAACAGGGUAGAAAUGAACUACAAAGGCCGCUGUGAGAUCACAGAGGAUGAUUCUCAAGAGAAAGUAGCUGAUGAAAUUGCUUUCAGGUUACAGGAACCAAAGAAAGACCUAAUAGCCCGGGUGGUGAGGAUAAUUGGCAACAAAAAGGCCAUUGAACUUCUGAUGGAGACCGCUGAAGUUGAGCAAAACGGCGGUCUUUUCAUAAUGAAUGGUAGUCGAAGAAGAACACCUGGUGGCGUUUUUCUGAAUCUCCUGAAAAACACUCCCAGCAUCAGCGAAGAACAAAUUAAGGAGAUUUUCUACGUUGAAAAUCAAAAGGAAUAUGAAAAUAAAAAAGCUGCUAGAAAAAGAAGAACACAACUAUUGGGGAAGAAAAUGAAACAAGCUAUUAAAAGUCUAAAUUUUCAGGAGGAUGAUGACACAUCACGAGAAACCUUUGCCAGUGACACUAAUGAGGCCCUAGCCUCCCUUGAUGAAGCCCAGGAAGGACCUGGCGAAACCAAGCUGGAUGCUGAGGAAGCCAUCGAGGUGGACCAUCCUCAGGAUUUAGACAUAUUUUAAGCAUAUUUUGGACAUUUUGAAGAAUAAACUUUUGUUUUAA